AGCAGCUCGAUGGCCGUCCCUAAGAAGAAACUCCAGGGUCUCGUCGCUGCCACCAUCACUCCGAUGACUGAGAAUGGAGAAAUCAACUUUUCUGUAAUUGGUCAGUAUGUGGAUUAUCUGGUGAAGGAACAGGGAGUGAAGAACAUUUUUGUGAAUGGCACCACGGGAGAAGGCCUGUCCCUGAGUGUCUCUGAGCGUCGCCAGGUGGCAGAGGAAUGGAUGAAACAAGGGAGGAACAAGUUGGACCAGGUGGUGAUUCACGUGGGAGCACUAAGCUUGAAGGAGUCCCGAGAACUGGCCCGACAUGCAGCAGACAUUGGAGCUGAUGGCAUCGCUGUCAUGGCACCGUUCUUUUUCAAGUCACAGAGCAAAGAUGACCUGAUCAGUUUCCUGAGGGAGGUGGCUGCCGCGGCCCCCGCUUUGCCAUUUUAUUACUAUCACAUUCCUUCCUUGACCGGGGUGAAGAUUCGUGCAGAGGAGCUGCUCGAAGGGAUUCAGGACAAGAUCCCCACCUUUCAAGGACUGAAGUUCAGUGACACUGAUCUCUUAGACUUCGGGCAGUGUGUUGACCAGAAUCACCAGCGACAGUUUGCUUUGCUGUUUGGGGUAGAUGAGCAACUGUUGAGUGCUCUGAUCAUGGGAGCAACUGGAGCAGUAGGCAGUACCUAUAACUACCUGGGGAAAAAGACAAACCAGAUGUUGGAGGCCUUUGAACAGAAGGACUUCACUUCAGCACUCAAUUACCAGUUUUGUAUCCAGAGAUUUAUCAACUAUGUCAUCAAGCUAGGUUUUGGAGUGUCCCAGACCAAAGCCAUCAUGACGCUGGUCUCUGGGAUUCCAAUGGGCCCACCCCGGCUUCCUCUGCAGAAAGCCACCCAGGAGUUUACUGCUAACGCUGAGGCCAAGCUGAAGAGCCUGGACUUCCUUUCUUUCCCUGGUUUAAAGGGGGGAACUUAGGAGCCUUAGCUAGUGCCUGUUAAGUCUGAGUGUGUCUACUGAGACUCUCGCCCAUCUUCAAUCGUAUACCAUCCUUUUCUCAGGGACUUUUUGAGCUAAGCUUUCUUUUGACAAGCGGAAUCCCACACCAAUAAAGAAAUAUUUAAAUAUCAAUUUUGUUCUUUGUUUUUCAAGACAGGAUUUCUCUGUAGCCCUGGCUGUCCUGGAACUCACUGUGUAGGUAGACCAGGCUGACCUUGAACUCAGAGAUCUCUGCCCCUGGAGUGCUGGGAUUAAAGUCAUGCACCACCACCAAUGCCCAGCCUAAAUAUCAAUUAUGAACCUAGAAAUUUUGUUUUACAAAGGAAUCAUAAACCCUAAGUUGUUCAUUUCACACAAUUAUUAUAAGGAAAUCUCUGUUUAUAUAGAUGAAA